AUGAGCGCUGAAAGGGAGCCGGAUCGCGAACAAGAGGGCAACACAGAGACCGCCGAGGGAGAGAGGCGAGAAGGAGAGAAAGAGAUGCAAACGGUUGUGUCCAACUACGUCGCACCGAACCUCAUCGGACAGGCGGACAGGUUGAUCGAGGCGAACUACAGCAAUGAAUACUCCAUCGACUACUACGGCGAGAGGGUCGACAGUCUCGAUGGCCAGGACGAGAAGAUAGAAGUCGACGACGACAGAGACGAAGAACUGGUGAUAGCAGACGAUUGUGACGCCACUAAGUCGGACGUCGACUGCGCGGAGAAUAGAGGGGACGAGCGGAUACAGAGCGAGGAGCAAGAAGAUAGAUGCAGGACGGAGGGCAGUUACGAGCCGUCAUGGCACCCGCACGUAUACGGGAAGCCGCCGAAGAAGCCCACCCCUCACACAAUAGAGUACAUUCUGGGGUUGUCCGAUAAGACGGGUCAAGAAGAGCCGAGACGGUCGACAGUUAGCCAGCUAAUGAACGUGAAAAGGAACUUUGAGACCAAGAAGCAGGUGAGCCAAGAGAAGGGUACUCAGGUGCAGGACUCGAACGAACGCCGCGCCUCGAGUGUUCACAAGAACAGAUUGCAGGAACAGUUGCUGCAGCGUGGAGUGAGGACUGACAGUGAUUGUGCAGUGCAGUACGGUUUCAAGGUUGACGAACCUCUAAACCUCUCGGUGCCAAAGGUUAAGGAGUCGCCUGGGUGGGGUUCCGUGGACGAAGAUAAAUUGCUUAAGGACGCCUCCAAGCUGGUCAAGAGGAAGAAAUCCACAGAAGACGUCAGAUCACCGUUAGGAGGGGAGGGUUCCUUGACCAGCGAGGAAGGGGAGGAGUCGGCUGCUGGCAGGCGGAAGAAGGCGAGGACCACCUUCACCGGUCGGCAGAUCUUCGAGCUGGAGAAACUCUUCGAGGUGAAGAAAUACCUUUCGUCCGGCGAGAGGGCGGACAUGGCGAAACUGCUAAACGUCACUGAGACCCAGGAUUGCAACCUAACGCAAUGC